CUCCACAGAAACAGGAAGCAAGAAUGCUGCCGACGCCGGUGCCACCAACCUCAUCCCGGACGUCCGAGGUUGGGCAAUGCUACUUUCGCGUCCAGCUGAUCGGCCACGAGGAAGGCGAGGACCCCAACACCCACAGCAAAGUCGUAUUGUAUCGCACAGUGGUGCAGUACAAUGGCCAAGCCUUUGAACGUGCGUUGCGGUUCAGUCGUUUCUACGCGUUCUACAGCAACCUUACGUCCGGGGAGAAGAAGGCCGUCCGCGCGUCGUUCCCGCGGCGGUAUCCGUUUGUCGCUGAACUCGACGAAGAUCGCCUCAAGCUGCGCGAGAAGCAGCUGAAUGCGUUCUUUGCCGCGUUGUGCCAACUGGCGAUCACCCCGACAAUGGAACUGUCGUUGUUGAACCUGUUCAAGAUCAAGCAACGUCACUUAGGACCGCACAUUCGAGGUUCCAUCCUGUUCGUGCCGAACCCCCGCGUCGAUGGCACGUCGUCCGAGGUCUCGAUGCCGCCGCCCGUCCGUCGCGUAUUCAUGAACGACGGCGACAGCAUGCAGUCAUCCCGGUCGUCGUUCCAUUCCCAGUGCUCCAUCAUGUCUGCCGAAACCAAUGCAUCUCGCCCCCUUAACCACCGACUGUCAUCUUCGUCCGCGGCGAGCCCGCUGCCGUCCACUCGAUCGCGCGAUCCGUCCACCAACACGUCGGACAUUGUUCAAGUCUCGCCUCCCGUGAAAAUGAGCCUCUUUGUCAGUCCCGUGGUCGUCCCACCUGUGGCUAGUACUACUACUACUAGUAGUACCACUCCUCCUACUAGUAGUACUACUACUACUACGUUUGAAGCCCAAGUUCGCAAACACAUGGACACGAUUGGCCAAAUGCUCCACGACGAUGACUUGCACCUGCUGAGCCCGUCGAAUACUAACACCAAGCAAACCACUACACCUGCGUUAUUGUAAUCGACGACAAAUAUAUUUAAGAUAUCUGUAAACGUGC